UUGCGUUUUUGUAUGGAACGCUGAUCCUGUUCGGUAUCCUGAGCACACGGAUAUGCGGUGAGGGGGCGGAGCUGCGCUCGCGCACAGUACAGACACUCACACACAAACUAACUACAAUAUAAUAAUAACGUGAUUUGGUGAGAAAAGAUGCGCGAGACGGCGAGUGGAGCAGGACACGGGACACGUACCGGAAGUGAAUCGAGCGAGGAGGCAGAAAGUGUGUAUGUGGAACAGUGUGACAAAGAUAUAGUGAUAGAAGACAGAGUGUUCAUCGCUGAUUCUUGUCCUCCAUGUGUGUAUGAGGGAACAGCGGGAUGGGUUCUCCAGCACCAGUCUAAUUUUAACGACAGCGAGUCAGAGGAUGUUCUUCACACAGUGAACCCAAACGAGGUCUUUAAUGAGAGUGACAGUGGCACUUCUGAUGGUUCUGACCCCACCCACUGCUCGAAUGUGGAUACGUCGACUGUGUAUCAGGUCGUAUAUGACAUAAGCGGAAUCAGCGGGGAUCAACAGAAGCAGCAGAAGGUUGAUGUUAUCUCCAUCGAACUCGAUGAAUGGAGUUCUCCAGUGCUUAUGUCUGACUCGUGUGUGGUGAACGAGCUGCCAAUGGUUUCUGCCAUUAAAGUGGAACACACCAAUCCAGAGCUCAGCCACUCCCCCUCUGAACUUGACCAUGCACUUUUCAAUCUUAGCCACGCCCCUCACUCCUUCACUGAUGGCCUGCUGUAUCCGGAACUAAAGCUCACUGAGGAGGAACAGAAGCUCCUCAGUCAGGAGGGUGUGGCCCUUCCUAACAACUUGCCACUCACAAAGGCGGAGGAGAGAAUACUGAAAAAAGUGCGGCGUAAAAUUCGUAAUAAACAAUCAGCUCAGGACAGCAGACGCCGCAAAAAAGAGUACAUCGACGGUCUGGAGAACAGGGUUGCAUCAUGUUCCGCACAGAAUAAGGAACUUCAGAGAACAGUGGAGCAUCUGGAGAAACACAACAUGUCUCUGUUAACACAGCUGAGGAAGUUACAGUCUCUGGUGAAACAGACGGCGAGUAAAGCGGCUCAGACCAGCACCUGCAUCGUGAUUUUGCUCUUCUCUUUAACCUUGAUUAUUUUCCCAAGUUUCCGUCCAUUCAGUCUGAGCACUCAAGCUUCAGAUAGCACGUACACGCCCACUGGAGUAAUUUCCAGAAACAUCCUAAACGAUGAAGCAUCUCCUCUUGUCCCAUCUGAGAAUGCAGAAGAUGAUAAAUCCCUCCUUACUGAGUUCCAAUCAGUGGUGGAGAUGCAGCGAGGGGAGAACUAUGACACAGAUGACUCAAACAGAGAUGACAGGCUACAGGAAAUACUGCUUCAGGAGGAUACACAGAAAGGAAACGACUCUGCGACAGAGGAAAAUGGGAAGGAGAUAGUAAACAUCAACUUGCAGUCUCCUCCAGCAGGGGGUGCUGUGGUGGAUGUCGAUGCAACUAAACCUGCUCAUGCUGACGAAAUGUAGUAACAUGAAGUUCUAAUUUUAUUCAUGGACGCUAAUGGGCCAUGUCCCAAAUCAGUCGCACUAUACACAGGUACGUUAGUAGUUGCACUACUGGGACAGAGCAGCUAGGAUGGCUGGUAUGACUUCUUUUUUAAUAUUGGUGGGUGUAUCUGUUAAGACACUAUCUCAGUGCUGUAGUGCACAUUGUGUUUGCUUAGGACAGUGGGUGGGCUGUGUCUCUAAUCACCAGUUUGGAAUUGAGGUUUUUCUGUUCUGUUUAACGUCUUUAUUUUCUAUAAUAAACAUCACGAUGUCAAA